AAAAGAAAACACAUACACGAAAACACCGUUUUCAUUUUCAGUUUAAUUUAAUUAAAUUAAAAACCACUUUUUAUUUAUUUUAUUUUUUCUUUUUCUUAUCUUUUGGAGAUUGCUGCUGCCGUUGUUGUAACUGCCAUGACUCGCCUGAGAAAGAUUGGCACCGCUGUUGGAGCGGCACUAGCAACCGCGUGCGGCGGUGCCGUGAUCCUCUACGAACCGGCGAUCUCAGCCAGCGACCACGGUGGCGGGCCACGCGUCGAGGAGAUCCGGAAGCGCGUACACGCCCCGAACGCCGUUGUGCCGUCGAGGGAGGCGCAGCAGUCGGCGCUAAUGGCUGCCGGAAAGGGAAGUCCUCUUGACGUGCUUGUCAUCGGCGGUGGUGCAACCGGCUCCGGCACCGCUCUCGACGCUGUGACCCGUGGACUCCGUGUCGGGCUGGUGGAGCGGGAGGACUUUGCUUCCGGAACUUCGUCGCGAUCCACGAAGCUCCUUCAUGGAGGUGUCCGCUAUUUGGAGAAAGCAUUCUUAAAACUUGACUAUGGACAAUUCAAGUUAGUGCUUCACGCACUUGAGGAGCGUAAACAGGUUAUUGAAAAUGCACCACACCUAUGCCAUGCAUUGCCAUGCAUGACACCAUGUUUUAGCUGGUUUGAAGUAGUGUACUACUGGGCGGGCCUGAAAGUGUACGAUUUGGUCGCAGGAAGACAAAUACUACACCUAUCAAGAUAUUAUUCUACAAAACAGUCUGCUGAGCUCUUUCCCACUCUAGCAAGGGAGGGAGAAAAUAGAAGCCUUAAGGGCACAGUUGUUUAUUAUGAUGGGCAGAUGAAUGAUGCACGCCUUAAUGUUGGGUUGGCUUGCACUGCAGCUUUAGCUGGUGCAGCAGUGCUGAAUCAUGCAGAAGUUGUAAACUUAUUGAAGGAUGAUUCUGGAAAACGGAUAAUUGGUGCGCGGAUCCGGAACAAUUUAACUGGGGAAGAGUUUGAUACAUAUGCAAAAGUUGUUGUGAAUGCGGCUGGCCCAUUUUGUGAUGGUGUAAGGAAAAUGGCCAACGAAAAGGCACAAGAAAUGAUUGCUCCCAGCAGUGGUGUACAUAUCACACUCCCUGAUUACUAUUCUCCGGAGGGGAUGGGCUUAAUUGUUCCUAAAACUAAGGAUGGACGUGUUGUUUUCAUGCUGCCUUGGCUGGGAAGAACAGUUGCUGGAACUACAGAUUCUAGUACUAAAAUUACGUAUCUUCCAGAACCACAUGAAGAUGAAAUAGGAUUUAUAUUGGAUGCUAUAUCUGACUACCUUAAUAUCAAAGUACGGCGCAGUGAUGUUCUUUCCGCCUGGAGUGGCAUUCGCCCACUAGCAGUGGACCCAACAGCAAAAAAUACUGAGAGUAUCUCAAGGGAUCAUGUUGUCUGCGAGGACUUCCCUGGUUUGGUCACCAUCACUGGUGGCAAGUGGACUACCUAUCGUAGCAUGGCAGAAGAUGGUGUCGAUGCAGCUAUAAAGUCUGGAAAUCUCAACCCCAGGAGUGGAUGUGUGACUCGCAGUGUCCGAAUUGUAGGUGGUGAAGAGUGGGAGCCAUCAUCAUUUACAGUUCUUGCUCAACAGUAUAAACGCAUGAAAAGUACACAUGGUGGUAAAGUUGUCCCCGGGUUAAUGGACAGUGCUGCUGCAAAGCACUUGUCUCAUGCGUAUGGAUCAGUGGCUGAGCGUGUGGCUGCUAUUGCUCAGAAUGAAGGUUUGGGUAAGAGACUUGCUCAUGGUUACCCAUAUCUGGAGGCAGAGGUGGCCUACUGUGCACGUCAUGAAUAUUGUGAAUCUGCUAUUGACUUCAUUGCAAGGAGAACUCGUCUUGCUUUCCUCGAAACUGAUGCAGCGGGAAGGGCCCUGCCUCGUGUGGUUGAGAUAUUGGCAAAUGAGCACAAAUGGGACCAAUCAAGGAAGAAGGAAGAGUUGAAGACAGCCACAGAAUUUUUGCAGACUUUCAAAGCCUCAAAAAAUGCUCAGUUCCAUGACGGGAAACACAAGUAGUUCUGGAACAUACGGAAGUUUUGUCACAUGACGGAUACUUUGUUAUUCAUUUUUCUCUUCACAAGCGGAGAUAAUACAAGACUCUGCUCGCCAUAGACAGUAGCUAAACAAAUCUUUAGAUAUAAACUAUCCACGAAUUUGUCUUAAAGUUAUCUACAAAAAUAAUCCCUAAAAUUCGUUAGAUUGUUUUGCACAGUCACCAGUCAAAAUAAUUGUUUGCUGGACAGCUGGAGAGUUUAAUACGCCUUGUAUUUAUGCUACUUGCUCAUCAAGUUAUUCAAUGGUUGACUGUGUUUAUCA